AUGGACGAUCGCAAGAUUAGUGUGAACGACCCGGAUCGAGACUUGUCCCUCGAUUCUGCUUCACCAACCUUUGCCGCUUCUUCGUCGCCCUCUGGCCUCUCUCCAGUAUCGUCGCCGCCACUCCCACAACGACCCAACCUCGCGUCCCAAUCUCUCUCCGCUCCUCCCUCGCCGUUACCGAACUCUCCACAGUCCCCAUCGCCGAACACGAAGCCAGGAAGCACAGCCUCCGACGACGACAUCCCUACCCGGAUCUUCCGGUUCCUCUCUACAGCGACUGUCGAGUCUCUCAGUGCCGUCGGCGUCGGCCUCGCUGCAACGACCUACUUUGUGCUCGGCCGCGUGGGCCUCGUCCUGAUCGGCGCCUUUGGCGGCAUUGCCCUUUUUGUGGCAUGGGAAGCACGCAAUCCCGACGUCACCCGUGCUAUCCGUGGGGAGGCCAGCUCGGACCUGCUCGCCCGGGUGAUUGAAUACCGCAGGAAGGACCAGGAGAACGGCGACGAGGUCAGCGGCGAGAGCGUGGGCGCCGAGGCUGCCUUUGACCCUGCCCAGGAAGACCUGGCCCUCGGCCGCGCCUUUGAGAAUUUCCGCCCCGAGACCCGUCAAGCUCUGAAUGGCCUUGUCGAGGCGGUUGUCCGCGACUAUGUCAAGUGGUGGUACCAGCCCAUUGUACCGUCUGACCAGUCAUUCCCGCUGUCCUGCCGGCGCGUCCUUACCUCGUUUCUCGUGUCGGUCUCGAACCAUCUCAGCCGUAAACGCCCCGCCGACGCAUUCCUCGACUUCCUCACCAACUCCACGUCGAUUGUCAUUGUCCUCUUCUCCGAAUUGGCCACGGCAUUUGCCGAGCAUGCGGCACAGACACCGCAACAGCAGGGCUCGGCACCGCCCCAAGGGCCCGAUGCCAACCCCACAAUAUCUGCUGCCGACGCCAUCUACAGCUACCUUGCGUCGAACCCGAACUCGAACCUGGCCAACCUGCUGAGCCAGCGCCAGCAGGCGAGCAAGUUCCGCAUGGUAGCCGACGAUUUGCUGAGCUUCCUGGAUCGGCAAUGCUACGACUGCGACCCGGCACGGACGUUUCUCCGGGAGAUUGCGGCCACCUCCGUGCUGGAGACGACGCUGCAGACUUGUUCCAAGCCCGAAUGGAUCAACGGCUGGAUUGUGCACCUGCUGGAGGGUGGCGAGCCCGACUUCAGCCAGGCCAUCGAUGUGGGCAUGCAGACGCGCACCGAUGCCGCGGCGACAGCCAGCAGCAGCAAAGACGCAACCAGCAACUCCGCCACGGCCCACAUGCACCAUGCUUCGAUCGACAUUGACGGCAACGUCGGCAACAUUGCGCUGCCAAAGAGCCGGCGCAGCUCAUUUGAGGCGGACAAGGCACACCAAUCGAGGCGCAAGGAGUCGGUGCCAUUGUCACACAAGAAGCAGCUCAGCCGGGCUGACGAGGAAAUGGAGGAGGCCAUGGAGGAGAUGAAGCGCAUGAAUGAGAUGAUUGCCGCUGAAGAAAAGGCGCGGCGCACCACCACGGAGACCAAGAGUGCUACCGAAGCCGAAGACAGGUUGGCGGACGCCAUGCAGCACAAUGCAGACGAGCUUGGCAUCCAAGCAAACGACGAACGCAAAGACCACCACGGACACGGGCCCCCGUCACCCAGUGCCGCCUCUGACCAGAUCUCUCCCAAAGCGUCUCUCAGUCUGUCUGGUGACGAGAGCACGACGCGCACAGCAAGAACAGUCUCGACGCCCAUCACGCCACGGUCGUCUACCCAGGGGUCACCGAGCCAAUCGUCCUUUGCCAAGUCUGAGGCCGCCAGCGGAACAGCCGCGAACGGCUCGGAGAACACAGAAAAUCCGCACCCGUCGACCGCCGACGAAGCCUCCCAGUUCACCAGCUUCGACCAACUCGUUCCGCCGGCGCGCGAAGAGGAUGAGUCGAGCGACUCGGAGGGCCGCAAGAAACAGGAGCAGGCACCACCGCCACUGACGCUCCACAACGCGAACGUCACGAUUCAUGACGAGCCGGUGACGGACAAGGGACGCAUCAAGAGCCGGCCCGCAUGGGAUUUUCUGAUCCAGAUCGAGCCGGCCAACGCGCACUACCCGGGCUGGAUGAUUGUGCGCAAGUACGCGGACUUUGAGAAGCUGCACGAGGUGUUGCGGCGCAUUGCGACGAUCUCGGGCGCCACGGCGUUUACCGAGCAGCACGGCGUGCUCCCGAACUGGAAGAUCCACACGCGCGGCUCGCUGCGGGGCGAGCUGGAGCGCUAUGUGCGCGAUGCCUGCUGGUACCAGCCACUGGCCGAGAGCGAGGGCAUGAAGCGGUUUUUGGAAAAGGACACAAACAACAUGCCGGCGGCUUCCAAGACGGGACUCAAUGCGUUCGAAACCAUGGGCAAGAACAUGCUGGACGCACUGUCCAACGCGCCCAAGGGCGUGGCCGAAGGUGGCAAGGUGAUGGUAGGCGGCGUUACGGGCGUGUUUGGCAACCUGGGCAACCUGGGCACGAACAUCGGUCUUGGCGGCAGCAGCGGCCAGAAGAAGCAGCACGCCAGCUCGGGUUCGCUGGCCAAUGUAGCGGGCAGCCCCAGUCCCGGCGGCGCGACGACGUCGCCCCCUGCCUCGGUCCUGCAAGACGUCACGGCGUACACGAAUCGGCUGUCGGUCUCGACGCCACCCCGUAUGGAUAGUGGCUUCUCCGGCGCGGGCUCGCGGCGCUCUCGCGACAGCAUGGACAGCCAACGGUCGUCGGUUGUAGCGUCGCAGACCGGCCGCGUUGUGCCGAUGGGUCGGCGUAUGAGCUACCAGUCGCAGAGCGGUCUCAUGGACGCUGGAGCGAACGGCGAGGUAGGCGAGGCCGGCGCCGACGGGCGCGGCCGGACUAACAACAACAAUAGCAACAACAUGUGGGGUGACUACGCACCAGUCAGCAGCGGCAGCCGCGGCAGUCAGCACAACAGCCGUGCCUCGUCGAGCGGCGGCUACCCGCGCUCGCCCUCGAGUACGAGCCUGAGCGGAACCCGUCUUCCAAUGGGUGCGACCUCCGCUUUUGCCACCGACGCUCUAGAAGACAUGCCUGGUUCGUCGUUGACAUCGCCGGUGCGUGUCGGCUCAUCCAACAACUUGACGAGCCUGCCGGCGGGCGGCGCUGGGUCUGGGUCUGGUGCAACGACACCGCACGGGACGCGCCCGUUGCACCGCGUGGCCACGUCCGGCACGACGAUUGCCAAGCAGUUUGCGGCGUUGACGGAGGGCGAGACGCGCGUGGCCGUGGAGCUGCUGUUUGCCGUGAUCAACGAGCUGUACACGCUCUCGUCGGCCUGGAACAUCCGGCGCACGCUGCUGACGGCCGCCAAGUCGUUUUUGCUGCGGCCGGGCAACCCGUCUCUGGCGUCGAUCCAGAGCUUGUUGCAGUCGUCGGUGCUCGACGCCAACACGACGGACGCCGGCAUGGCUGGGUAUCUUAACACGUUGCGCGAGAACACGAUGCCGACGGACGCGGAACGGGCAGCGUGGCCGGCGGAGAUGACGGCAGAGGAGAAGGAGAGGCUGCGGGUCAAGGCGCGGCGGCUGCUGAUCCGCAGCGGCGUGCCGGCGGCGCUGAUGGGCGUCAUGGGCCAGUCGGCGACGUCCGAUGCGCUGGGCCGGAUCUUCGACUGCCUUCAGGUCGAGGAGGUGGCACGGGGUCUGAUCUUUGGACUGAUGCUGCAGGCAGCACGGAUCGUGACACAUUGA